CCUGACCGCCCAGCGGGGGCUGUAAGGAACGGCACGGUGUUCGGAGUUGGCCGAGGCAGGCAGCACUGCAGGUUUGGGAAGUGAGGAUCCACGAGACCCUCCCCCAAUGGAGUCAUGCCAAGUAGCGGGAUGCGGGAAGAAUAUUCACGAAGCACAAGUCCACCUCCUCAGCCAUGAGCCAGUAGAUAAGAAGACCAGACAGCGAAGGGAAGGAACAUGCCCCAAGUCUCACAGAUCGUCUGUGCCCUUCUAAUGCCCUGUCUCUUUCUCUCUCUCGCCGAUUCACCAAUGGGCUGGGGACAUUAAUCGGAUGCAUGUUUGAAGGCCAAGUAUGCGGAAGCUGGAGGAGCAAGGUCAAAUCUCAGAGGGAAAGAGCGUGGUCUUUUGGGGAACCUGCUGGAUGCGCGUUAAACCAGACAUGUGAGCUCAGGCAGGUUCCUCCACUCUCUGUGCCUCAGUUUUCUCCCCUAUGAAAUGGAGCUAACACUGGCUUCCACUCGAAAUCCCUGUGAGGAAUAAAUGAGCCAAUGCAGGCUGAGCACUUGGGAGGUACUCAGUAGAUGCUAACUGAAAUAACGCUCACUGCAGUCUUGAUGUUUUAACUUAGAAUCCGCGAACAGCAUCAAGGUCAAGAAUGCUCCCUGGUCCACUUCUGCUUUGAGUUUUAGGUAGCCGCUCUCCUCUCCGGCGAGGAUCGAAGAAUCUCUCUCCCCGGCUGUCCCUUCCGUGCGGCCUCAGAGUCCGGGCUAUCGAGACAGAGCCGCCGUUUCCAGCUGGAGGUCAGAGAACCCCUCCCCUACCUCUCCCUCUGCAAUCCGCUGGCCACAGGACAUCUGAACAGGCUGGGACCGCCGGCUAGGCCAGGAGACCCGGCAUCUGCGGACUCCCCAGCUUGGAGCAGCCCCUCUUUGAUCCCGCACGGUGGAGAAGCAGCCCCAUGAAGGUGCCCAGCCAUGCAAUGUUCCUGGAAGGCCGUCCUCCUCCUUGCGCUGGCCUCCAUCGCCAUCCAGUACACGGCCAUCCGCACCUUCACCGCCAAGUCCUUCCAUACCUGCCCGGGGUUGGCAGAGGCGGGGCUGGCCGAGCGGCUGUGCGAGGAGGGGCCCACCUUGGCCUACAACGUCUCUCGCAAGACCCACAUCCUCAUCCUCGCCACCACGCGCAGCGGCUCCUCCUUCGUGGGCCAGCUCUUCAACCAGCACCUGGACGUUUUCUACCUGUUCGAGCCCCUCUACCACGUCCAGAACACGCUCAUCCCCCGAUUCACCCAGGGCAAGAGCCCGGCGGACCGGCGCGUCAUGCUGGGCGCCAGCCGAGACCUUCUAAGGAGCCUCUAUGACUGUGACCUCUACUUCUUGGAGAACUACAUCAAGCCGCCGCCGGUCAACCACACCACCGACAGGAUCUUCCGCCGCGGGGCCAGCAGGGUGCUGUGCUCUCGGCCCGUGUGCGACCCCCCGGGCUCCGCCGACCUGGUGCUGGAGGAGGGGGACUGUGUGCGCAAGUGCGGCGUGCUGAAUCUGACGGUGGCCGCCGAGGCCUGUCGCGAGCGCAGCCACGUGGCUAUCAAGACCGUGCGGGUGCCCGAGGUUAACGACCUUCGGGCCCUGGUGGAAGACCCACGGUUAAACCUCAAGGUCAUCCAGCUGGUCAGAGACCCCCGUGGCAUCCUGGCCUCCCGAAGCGAGACCUUUCGAGACACGUACCGGCUCUGGCGGCUCUGGUACGGCACCGGGAGGAAGCCCUACAACCUGGAUGUGACGCAGCUCACCACAGUGUGCGAGGACUUCUCCAACUCCGUGUCCACCGGCCUCACGCGGCCCCCGUGGCUCAAGGGCAAGUACAUGCUGGUGCGCUACGAGGACCUGGCCAGGAACCCCAUGAAGAAGACCGAGGAGAUCUACGGGUUCCUGGGGAUCCCCCUGGACAGCCACGUGGCCCGCUGGAUCCAGAACAACACGCGGGGCGACCCCGCCCUGGGCAAGCACAAGUACGGCACCGUGCGCAACUCGGCGGCCACGGCCGAGAAGUGGCGCUUCCGCCUCUCCUACGACAUCGUGGCCUUUGCCCAGAACGCCUGCCAACGCGUGCUGGCGCAGCUGGGCUACAGGAUGGCCACGUCAGAAGAGGAGCUCAAGAAUCCCUCGGUCAGCCUGGUGGAGGAGCGGGACUUCCGGCCCUUCUCGUGACGGGGGCUCCGGGGGCGGGGGCGAGGGGCACGUGGUGUCGGGUUGGAUAAAAAUGGACCGUUUUUAACUGUUGCCUUAUUUCCCCCUCCCUGUCUCAGUGUCCCUCCGGCCCCCCGCCCGGCCUCCACUUCCUUCUGCCCCUUUUCGUCUCUAAAAUUUGCACUAUGUCUCAGACAGGCAUCGCCCAGGGCAGAGGGGGCGCGAAGCAGGGGAGAGCCCCCACCCCAUUCAGACACACGGACGUUGGGGCUCUGCGUGGAUGGUGACAAUGUUUACAAGCACCACACUCACACACACACACACACACACACACGGGCGCCCGCUAGGAGAGAUGCACACCCCAAUCCACAGAAAUUCUGAGGCUUUUCCCAUGGACGUGGUCAGGGUAUGGUAGUUUUUGCACUGUCUUACUUCCACAAGGUAAGAGGUUAAAAAGAAAAGGCCACCUCUCUCUAGUUUAUGAAUGGUGUCUAAUCCCUCCCGGUCCUGCUUCCUGCCCCCAAUGCCCCCUGUCCCCCCACCCCCACCCCGGAGCAGAGAAACUGCCCCCUCCUGCUCACCCUUGCCUGUCGGUGAGCAGGUUUUUACUGUGAGGUGAAUGUGGACCUUGUUUAUUUUUCCAGUCUGUGGCGGUGCUGUCUGUCUGUCUGUCUGAGUCUCGUGGCUGCCCCUGGACCAGUGAUGGCUGAUAAAUCUUAUGGGUUUCUGAUUGAUCUUGGGGUCCAUCAGUGAUAUUUCUUUGUGCCAAAAAGAAAAAAAAAAGUGGAUCGGUUUGCUAAAUGAACAUUGAAAUGCUUUAUCUGUGUUUUCUGUAAAUAAAAGCGUGCAAUAAUA